AUGUCUUCUUCGAGCUCGUCAUCCGACGGUGUUCUUGAUGAUAUUGUUAUCGCCAUGACGCAGGAGGCGAUUAAUUAUUUGCAAGAAGAAGCCGAAUCCUCUACAACGCGUACCAGACAACCGCCUAUUGAACGGAAUCGGUUAGCUGCUCAUGAACGUCUAGUGCAAGAUUAUUUUUGUGAAACUCCCGUGUACGAUGAUGUUCAGUUUAAGCGUAGGUUUCGUAUGAGCCGACGACUAUUCGUUAAAAUUUCCAAUGAUCUUGCGGGCGAAUCCCCUUUUUUCACGCAAAGGGUAAAUGCAAGUCGCAAAGUUGGUUUCUCUGGAAUACAAAAGUGUACAGCAGCAAUUAGGCAACUAGCCUACGGCACAUCGAGUGAUGCGUGGGAUAAGUAUUUGAGGAUGUCGUCAAGAAUGUGUCGUGAGUCUCUUGAAAAUUUUUGUGAAGGUGUAAUCUCUCUGUACGGGAGACGAUAUUUGAGGAUGCCAACCGCAGCCGACGUUCCAAUUCUAUACGAGGCCCAUUAG